UCCGUGUUGCCAGUGAGCAGCGACCACUUUCCGGUCCCGGGCGGCGUCGCGCGUGAGCGCACUGCCCACAUGUGGACUGUAUGGACAGCUGAGUGACCCGCCGCGUCCUCUGAUUUGACACACUCUGGAGGACGCCGAGUGUCCCUUCAGAAUCACUACCUCCAUUCACCGACCGGGCUCUCCAGAAGAACGGUCUACCCCCCAAAACACCGGGAGCGUCCCGCAGGCACGCCCGAUGGAGCCGCCGGUCGACCCGGGCCACGGCCCGCCGGAGCUGGAGUUAACGGUGGAGAACGUGGAGUCGGCUCUCUACCAGCUGUACUUCGAUCCAGACAUGGAGCAUAAGAACGAGGCCCAGAAGUGGCUGAGCCAGGCCCAGGCCUCAGCCCAGGCCUGGCAGUUCAGCUGGGCCCUGCUGGCCUCGGACAAGAUCCCUGAGGUCCAGUUUUUCGGUGCCAGCACCCUCCACACCAAGAUCUCCCGCCACUGGAGCGACGUCCCCCCAGAGCAGCAGGACAGCCUGAGGAUCCAGCUGCUCUCCAGCAUCCUGCGCUUCUCCUCCGGACCCAAGAUGGUCCUGACCCGUCUGUGUGUGGCGCUGGCCUCCAUGGCUCUGAACCUGAUCCCCCAGGCCUGGCCGCAGCCCGUGGCGGACAUGGUCAGGGCCUUCCAGCCUCAGGUCCCGGACGCGGAGGACGGGUCUGGGUCCGGGGCCGAGGCCGCCCGGGACCCCCAGGCUCACUGCCUGGCCCUGCUGGAGCUCCUCACCGUGCUGCCGGAGGAGUUCCAUAGCAGCCGCCUGGCGCGGGCCCGCCGCGGCCAGCUGAGGGAGGCGCUGGCCGGGGAGUGGGCGGCGGUCUGCCCCAUGCUGAGGCAGCUGCUGCAGAGCCGGGACUCCACCGGCCCGGUGAAGGAGAAGGUGCUGCGCUGCCUGUCCAGCUGGGUGGGGCUGGACGUGCCGCUGGGAGACAGCCAGGAGCUGGUCCAGGACUGCUUCGCCGCCCUGUCUGUCCCCGAGCUGUUUGACACGGCCGUGGAGACCAUCGUCAACGCCGUCUCACAGCCCGACUGCCAGAGGUACGCCGCCGCCCUGGUGGACCUGAUGCCUCUGGUUCUGGGUCUCCACGACCGGCUGAAGACGGCGGCUCAGGACGGGGACAUGGAGACCUCACACGGCAUCUGCCGGAUCGCCGUGGCCAUGGGGGAGACCCACUCCAGGGUUUUGCUGGAGCAGGUGGACCACUGGCAGGAGUAUCUGGCUCUGGUUAACAUGAUUCUGUUCUGCACGGGGAUUCCUGGACACUACCCGGUCAGCGAGACCACCAGCUCCCUGACGCUCACCUUCUGGUACACUCUGCAGGAUGAUAUCCUGUCGUUUGAGGAGGAGAAGCAGGCAGUUUACCUGCAGAUCUACCGACCGGUUUACUUCCAGCUGGUGGACGUGCUGCUGCAUAAAUCCCACUACCCGUCCCAGGAGGAGUACGCCUCCUGGUCCUCCGACGACAAGGAGCAGUUCAGGAUCUACAGGGUGGACAUCUCCGACACGCUGAUGUAUGUGUACGAGAUGCUGGGGGCGGAGCUGCUCAGCAGCCUCUACGACCGGCUGGGCAGACACCUGAUGGACCCCCAGCAGUCUGCCGCAUGGCAGGACACCGAGGCUCUGUUAUUUGGCUUCCAGUCCAUAGCUGAGACCAUUGAUGUGAACUACUCUGAUGUUAUUCCUGGUCUGAUCGGUCUGAUCCCCAGAAUCAACAUCAGCAACAUCAUGCUGGCCGACACCGUCAUGUACACCAUAGGCUCUCUGGCUGAGUGGCUGGCCGACCACCCGGUGAUGCUGGGUGGCAUUUUACCCAUGGUGCUUCAGGGCCUGGAGAAGCCGGAGCUGUCGGUGUCCAGCGUGUCGACGCUGAAGAGGAUCUGCAGGGAGUGUCGGCUCGACCUGGGCCCCUUCGCUCAGGACAUCCUGGCCGUGUCGCAGGACGUGCUGCUGAAAGAGACACACAAGAGCAGCCAGUGCAUGUGGCUGAUGCAGGCCAUGGGGUUCCUGCUGUCCGCCCUGCCGGUGGAGGAGGUUUUGGGCAGACUGCACACACUCAUCAGCCCCCACAUCCAGCAGCUGGACUCCCUGGCUCAGCAGGAGCCUGAUCCCAGCAGCAAACAGACGAUCAGCCACAUCCUGGGGAUGCUGUCCAGCCUCUUCACCACGCUGGACAUCAACCGGGACGUGGACGGCCCGGAGGGAGCAGCCGGUCCCGGACCCACCGCGGCGCCGUGCAAGCAAAACCCGGUCGUCGUUGUCCUGCAGCAAGUUUUCACGUUGAUCCAGAGCAUUCUGGGCAAAUGGCUCCAUGAGGCGGAGGUGGUGGAGGCAGUGUGCGGGCUCUUUGAUAAAUCGGUCCGAACCCUGCUCCACGACUUCGGGCCCAUGGUGCCGCAGCUGAGUGAGAUGUUGGGUCGGAUCUACAGCAGCUCCCCCCAGGCCGCCGCUCUGGACCUGGCCCGCCAGAUGGUUCACAUAUUUGCUGCAGACGAACUUCACGUCUCCCACAUCACAGGCCUGACGGAGGCGCUGACGUCCAGCACGCUCGCCAUAUUUCAGCAAGGGCCACGGGAUCAUCCAGACAUCGCAGAGUCUUUUAUGCUCCUUCACGCUCAGAUUCUUAAAAGGAAGCCCGAUUUGUAUCUGUGUGAGCAGCUGGAUGUCAAAGCCCUGUUUUACUGUGGAAUUCUGUCGGUCAAGUUUCCGGAGACUCCGACUGUAAAGGCAGCGUGUGUGUUCUUUGCAGAGUUUCUCGGCCGCUGUAAAGACAUGCCGAGGCUGGGCGCGGCGCUGCACGCCGACGGGCGGCUGCUGACCGAGACGCUGCUGCAGGCGGUCGGAGGCGCGUCGCCUCGCAGCCUGACGGAGCACUUCGCGGAGGUGCUGCUGAAUCUGAACCGACACUCUCCGGCUCUGCUGGCCCAGUGGCUGCAGGAGACCCUGCAGACCCCGGGGUUCCCCUCGUCCCACGUCUCCACGGACCAGAAGCAGGCCUUCACCCAGCAGCUGUUAAGGGAACAAACCAACAAGCGUCGAGUCAAAGAGAUCGUCAAGGAGUUCUCUCUGCUGUGCCGAGGCCUGCAGGGCUCUGGGUACUCAGAUUACUAGGCCCAGGCAGUAAUCGCUCCCACACAGCCGUCAUCGAUGAAGACCGAGUUAAAUUAGAUCAACUCCUGUUCUCCAAAACUUCCCACAAUGCUUCCAGGCUGCGGCUCGCUGUGGAGUUUCCUCAGUCUUUUAAGGUUAAUGAUUGCUGCGCUUCUCAGAUGGUCACGUGACCACGCCGACAGGUAUCUCCUCAAGCCCGCCAUCCAGGUUUCAAGCCUCAGCCUCGUGGGACGGCCGAAACCGAAACCCGAUCGGUGGACGAAGAGUCAGAAAGAACAGGAGGGCCGGUGGAGAGUGGUC